CAACUACGCCUGCGCUCUGGCAAAAGUAGUUCCUCCGGCCGACCAGUUCUUCGUGGGGGGAAACGGCGCCAGGACUACCCGUCCCAGAAGGCGCCGCGCUUCGCCGUCGCCCGUUUUUCACGGACGGAGCUUCUCCGACGCUGCUGGGACGGAGCUGAGGGUCUGUCUGGCUGACGGGAAGCGCGCUCGGCCCGGAGCUCGUCGCGCGAAGCCGGAGGCCCCGAAGCGCUGAGGCGGCGGUUGCAUCUGAAAAGAAUAUGAACGGUGACCCUUACCCCUAAAUUUUGGCUUAGUUUCCGCUUGGUCAUAUCUGAAAUGGAGUCCAUGGCUGACCUGUUGAAUCCCGAGUGACAGGAUCCUGUGAUGAAAAAUGGAGAAAAAACGGAGGAAGAAAUCAGCCUGAUGAUUAGGCUUCAUCCGGAAAGACUAUGCAGACAAGACUUUUGCUUGGCUGGGACAAAACUUUAGCGCUGUCAACUUAAAGAGCACUUAAAAAGAGCGGCUUUCCGUGAAACCCAGAGACUGAGGGAGAAAACGAGAAAGAACUGGUUCAUGGAGAAUCACUGUGUGAAUUGAAUCCAUGGCAAACUGGAAAUGAAACCUCCUCCUUUCCUGAACAUGCGGCUUGCAAACACCUGGUUGUUUCUCACUGCAAUCUUACUCUGUGGCAAACACCACCUGGGCACCAGGCUGGGGAAUUCCUCCUCUCACGACAGUCAUUUGUGCCCCGACUGCUCUCAUCUGACCCUGAAGGUGGAAUUCUCGUCAACCGUCGUAAAACACGAAUACAUCGUGGCUUUCAAUGGCUACUUCUCAGCCCAAGCAAGAAGCAAAUUCAUUUCAAGAGCACUCAAGAACAGCGACAUAGAAAGCUGGAGGAUUGUGCCCCGCAACAACCCAGCCAGCGAUUACCCCAGUGACUUUGAAGUGAUCCAGAUUGACGAGAAUCAGAAAGUUGGAGUGCAGACGCUUGAAGACCAUCCCAAUAUCAAACGGGUUACGCCACAGAGAAAAGUCUUUCGCUCGCUAAAGUACACUGAGACAGAUUCCGCCGCUCCCUGUAAUGAGACCCGAUGGACGCAGAAGUGGCAGUCAUCCCGCCCCCUCCGAAGGGCGAGCCUGUCUUUGGGCUCCGGCUUUUGGCACGCGACGGGCAGGCACUCCAGCAGGCGCUUGCUGAGAGCCAUCCCUCGGCAGGUGGCACAGACCCUUCAGGCAGACGUGCUCUGGCAAAUGGGCUUUACAGGAGGUGGUGUAAGAGUGGCUGUCUUUGAUACUGGACUCAGCGAGAAACAUCCACACUUCAAAAAUGUAAAAGAGAGGACAAACUGGACAAACGAGAGAACUCUGGAUGAUGGGCUGGGCCAUGGAACCUUUGUCGCAGGCGUGAUAGCUAGCAUGAGGGAGUGCCAAGGAUUUGCUCCAGACUCCGAACUGCAUAUAUUCAGGGUCUUCACUAAUAAUCAGGUUUCAUAUACCUCUUGGUUUUUGGAUGCUUUCAACUAUGCUAUCUUAAAGAAGAUAGAAGUGUUGAAUCUUAGCAUUGGAGGCCCAGAUUUUAUGGACCGUCCGUUUGUAGACAAGGUGUGGGAAUUGACAGCCAAUAACGUUAUCAUGAUCUCUGCUAUUGGAAAUGAUGGUCCUUUGUAUGGCACACUCAACAAUCCAGCUGACCAAAUGGAUGUGAUUGGAGUUGGUGGCAUCGACUUUGAAGAUAAUAUCGCUCGGUUCUCCUCCAGAGGGAUGACCACAUGGGAACUUCCUGGAGGUUAUGGGAGAGUCAAGCCUGAUAUCGUGACGUACGGCUCUGGAGUGAGAGGAUCCGGCAUGAAAGGGGGUUGCCGCUCGCUCUCCGGCACAAGUGUGGCCUCUCCUGUUGUGGCAGGUGCUGUCACGCUUUUAGUAAGCACAGUUCCGAAGCGUGAAAUGGUGAAUCCAGCUAGUAUGAAACAGGCUCUGAUUGCCUCGGCACGCCGGCUUCCCGGGAUCAACAUGUUUGAACAAGGGCAUGGCAAACUUGAUCUUCUCAGAGCCUAUCAGAUUCUCAACAGUUACAAGCCGCAGGCCAGCCUGAGUCCAAGUUACAUUGACUUGACGGAAUGCCCUUACAUGUGGCCGUAUUGCUCUCAGCCCAUCUACUACGGAGGCAUGCCCACAAUUGUCAACGUCACCAUCCUGAAUGGAAUGGGAGUCACUGGGAGAAUUGUAGACAAGCCGGAUUGGCAGCCCUAUUUGCCACAAAACGGAGAUUACAUCGAGGUGGCGUUUUCCUACUCUCCUGUUUUAUGGCCUUGGUCAGGGUAUCUCGCCAUUUCCAUCUCCGUCACCAAGAAAGCAGCCGGUUGGGAAGGCGUAGCGCAAGGCCACGUGAUGAUCACCAUUUCCUCCCCAGCAGAGAAUGAGUCAAAAAUUGGUGCUGAGCAAACAUCAACCGUGAAACUCCCCAUCAAAGUGAAAAUUGUCCCAACCCCUCCUCGGAAUAAGCGGAUCCUGUGGGAUCAGUAUCACAAUCUUUGCUAUCCACCGGGAUAUUUUCCAAGGGAUAAUUUAAGAAUGAAGAACGAUCCAUUAGAUUGGAAUGGUGACCACAUUCAUACCAACUUCAGAGACAUGUACCAGCAUUUGAGAAGCAUGGGUUAUUUCAUUGAAGUACUUGGCUCACCAUUUACAUGCUUUGAUGCCAGUCAGUAUGGAACAUUGUUGAUGGUGGACAGCGAGGAAGAGUAUUUCCCAGAAGAAAUCGUUAAGCUGAGAAGGGAUGUCGACAACGGACUGUCGCUCGUCGUGUUCAGCGAUUGGUACAACACUUCCGUGAUGAGGAAAGUCAAGUUUUACGACGAAAAUACACGGCAGUGGUGGAUGCCGGAUACCGGAGGAGCAAAUGUUCCAGCACUCAACGAUCUCCUCUCCGUCUGGGGCAUGGCCUUUAGCGACGGGCUCUACGAAGGAGACUUUACCUUGGAAAGCCAGGAAAUGAAUUAUGCCUCGGGAUGCAGUAUUGCAAAGUUUCCAGAGGAUGGCAUUGUAAUUGCACAGACUUUUAAGGAUCAAGGUCUGGAAGUUUUAAAGCAGGAGACGGCCAUAGUCGAACACGUUCCCAUUCUGGGCCUCUUCCAAGUUCCUACAGAAGGGGGGGGCAGAAUCGUUUUGUACGGGGACUCGAACUGCCUGGAUGACAGCCACCGGCAGAAAGAUUGCUUCUGGCUGCUCGACUCCGUCCUGCAAUAUACGUCCUACGGAGUGAUGCCGCCGAGCCUCAGCCACUCGGAACACAGGCAGCGGCCCCCAACCGGGGCGGGUUAUGUUCUUCCAGAGAGAAUGGAAGGGAACCACCUUCAUCGCUACUCCAAAGUGCUGGAGGCUCAUCUGCGUGAUCCGAAACCUCGCUCACUUCCGGCAUGUCCUCAUUUGUCCUGGGCGAAGCCACAACCUCUGAACGAAACAGCACCCAGCAACCUUUGGAAACAUCAGAAGUUAUUAUCGAUUGACCUGGAUAAAGUGGCCUUGCCAAGUUUCCAUCAGAACCGGCCCCAAGUAAGACCUUUAUCCCCGGGAGAGAGCGGAGCAUGGAAUAUUCCAGGAGGAAUCAUGCCUGGCCGUUACAAUCAGGACGUGGGAGGGACGAUCCCUGUCUUUGCUUUCCUGGGUGCCAUGGUGGUCCUGGCGUUUUUUGUGGUCCAAAUCAAGUCCAAGAGCAGGCCAAAGAGAAGGAAACUUCGAGUUAAACGGCCACAAAUUAUACAGCAAAGUCACCCUCCAAAGACUCCCUCCGUUUGAUGGCUGCAGCCAAAGAUUUCACUGACUGCUUUGUGGGAAUGGUGAUCAACUGCUAAAGACCUUUUGACCUGACCUAGCAACCUUCUGCUUUUGUCUUGGGUUCUUGACAAGUGACGGAUGACCUUCAGAUUAAAAAAACACACUAUGAUUUUUCAGUAGCUAAACUGACCAAAGGCUUAAAACGCUAUUUAAGAAGGAAUCAAUUGCUUCUGAGUUUGGGAAGGACCUUCCCCCCCCCCUUUUGACAUUGACCAAACCUUUUCAGUAGGGAAUACUUUUCUGUAUUUAUUUUCAGAGGGACCAGGAGAAGAGAUCCUUUUCAAGAAUCCCCUUGAUUCAUGGAUGGCAGCACCAUUUUUUUUCUCCCCCUCCCCCCGAAUGGUGUGCCUUUAUUUUUUAUUUUUAUUUUUUUAAAAAAAGUUCUCUCUUAUGAAGACAAAUAGAACUCAGGUGAUCCUCCUGCAAGGAGGAGAAAGAAACCGACAGUUUGAACAAAAGCAGGAACAAAUCGGUGUGGCUGAUUUGUCUGACCAGCGUGGACCUGUAGUCCUUUCAUUUAUUUUUAUAAAGCAACUUACCGCGACGUUUUGUAAUUCUUCAGCAUGAUUUCACCCUUGCGGGUGGAUAAAAAAUUUUUUUUCAAUAAAUAUGCUAUCUAUAUUGAAAUGGAAAGAACAAAAAGCCAGCACACCCUCUGCCCUCUAAAUGAAAGAGAAAGUGCUGACAGAAGAAAGUAUUUGUAGCUCAGAAUUGAACUGUGGGGCCUUUUGUGCGUUCUGAGCUCGGUAGGUAACAUCAUCAAUGCCGGAAGGGAGUGUGGCUUGUAAAAUGGAGGAGGAAUAGGAAUACUGUGGGGUCCUUGGUGCGCUCUGAGCUUGGUUGUUUUCUUGCAGACAUUUCAUUACCAAACUAGGUUACAUCAUCAGUGCUGGAAAGGUGUGGAAUUUGUUCCCUGUUUAUAUACAAAUGGCUUUCCCUGUCAGUGUCGGUGGGACAAUAGCCUAAUCCAGGGGUAGGGAACCUCGGCUCUUUUAUGACUCAUGGACUUUAACUCCCAGAAUUCCUGAGUCAGCAGAAAACAACACUUCAUCAAUACUGGCAGGGCAAGCUACAUAUAUAAACGGGGAGAAAACUCACUUCCUUCCAGCACUAAUGAUGUAACCUAGUUUAGUAAUGAAACGUCUGCAAAAAAACAACAAGCUCAGAGAGCACCAAGAAUUCCACAGAAGGAGAAAAAUCAAAUAAUAAUGGGGAACUAUUCUGUGUCUUGUCCCCUAUUCCCCCUUUUCUGAACAUUUUACAUUUAUAGCUUCAGGGAAAAAAACAAACCAAUCCCUCUUAAAUUCCAUUGAGAACAAUUUUCAGAGUGAGAAUCUCUGAAACCGGGAGCCUUAUAAGUUUUGAAAGAGAAACAGAACUGAAGUGAUAGAAGUAUUUCAGCAGCUAAUUAGUAUAUCAAAGAAUGAGUGAACAGGAGCAGAUCUCAGACCUGUAAAAAACUAAAAAUUAGGACGACGAAUGGCUCACAAAAUUUUUUGCCUUGAAUUAGUCCUUAAAGGGCUGUUAAGGUUCUUUCAUGAUGGAAUUCAGAAGGAUUGAAGUGGUGGGAUUUAAGCCUUUAUCUUACUAAUGACUUUUUUCUCUGCCUGUGCCUCCCUUUUCGGCUAAGUUGUGUCAUAUCUAACCACAUGGUUAGACUUUGCAAGAACACCAACAUCACGUGAAAUGUGAUAAUCUCCCAAGGUUUAAAAAUGCUGUCUUUUCCCCUGCACUAAAGACAACCUGCAGUACUAUCCCUGGGGUGGGUUGUGUGGAUGCAGCUGCCCUCUUGCUGGUUAAUGAUCCUGGGUAAUCCACUCAGGAGACCCCUUCCUGAAGGAACUUGAUAAAUAUCCUUAGAUAAAUAACAUGGAAUUGCAUAGAGAGAGAAGAGAGUAUACUCCUCCCUCCUCUACUGUAAUUCUACAGAUUGAGGCUUCCCAGAUGAAACCAGUGAUAGUAUUUUCAGGAAAAAGCAAAAUAAACCCAUUUCUUUAUAUAGCACAAAACCGCUAGUGGGAUUUUAUCUAUUUUAUUGUUCAAUCUGUGCAUGGUGCUCGCCCAUUUCACAUGCCUGAUUCUGGAUGGCUCACAUAGUUAAAAAAAAAUACAAAUUAAUAACUGAAAUACUAACAACAACAAAAAUCUAUUAAAACCAUUAAACAAUAAAAUUUGUGAGAGCAUUACAUCCAUGCACAAUUUCAGAGGCUCCAUACCCCUGUCAGAUCCCCAGGGACAAUGGCAAAGGCCUUUGGGGUCUUCUAGAAAGCCACCUGUCGCAUGCUCCUCCCGAUGGGAAUGGGCCAAUGGAUUGGGAAGAGGCAGUCCCUCAAAUGACCUCAACCCGUGAUUUGUGGGGCUUUACAGAUCAUUACCAGCAUCUUGAAUUAAACCUGGAAGUGGAGGUGUAAAGUUUGGUCUAGUCUAGUGGUUAAGGCACCAGGCUAGAAAGCGGAGGAAGGUGAGUUUUAGUCCUGUUUUAGGUGCAAAAGCUAGCUAGGUUUCUUUGAGCCAAUCACCAGGAGUUGGUGAGUUCUAGUCCCACCUUAGCCAUGAAAGCUUGUGGAUGUUUGGCUCUGUUGCUCCUUUGGGCUGAUGUGGUUUCGAGACUGACCAACGUUUUGUUGACAAGUGGCAUAUUUAGCUGAUGAGGUGGUGGGCUUGUCUUAUCUCUGUGUGUAUUUGCUUCCCAGGUGAUAAACGGCACUGAGCCCUGUGGGAUGGGACAGCAUUUUUUCUUUUCCUGUGGUUGCUGCAUUUCUGGGCUUGGUUUAUUAGGUCAAUAGGGAGAAAGUUCUGGUUUAUUCCGAGAAUAAAUAAAGUCCCGUUGGAUCUUUAGUUCAAAUAAGA